CCAUAAAAUUUAAUAAAAUGCGUCGUCCCAAGAAGUAUGAAUCCGGUGAGGCGACACAAUAUAUUUCACGCAGAGCGGCACUGCGUAAGCUGCAAUUGUCGCUGAACGAUUUCCGUCGUCUGUGCAUUAUCAAGGGUGUCUAUCCCAGGGAACCGAAACAUAGGCGCCGAGCCCAAAAGGGUUCUUCUGAAAUUAAGAUUUUAUAUCAUGCCAAGGAUAUUCGUUUUCUGUUGCAUGAACCGAUUGUCUGGACAUUGCGUGACUAUAAGAUCUUUGCUAAGAAAACGGGUCGAGAUCGUGCCAUUAAGGAUUUCCGCAACUUGAAGAGACGCCUGGCCCAACAUCCCGAAUUGAAGCUUGAUCACAUUGUCAAAGAACGUUAUCCCACGUUUAUUGAUGCCAUCAAAGAUUUGGAUGAUUGUUUGACACUGCUGUUCCUGUUCAGUACCUUCCCCUCAUUGCGUUUGAUACCCCGUGAACAAUCAGCUUUGUGUCGCCGAUUGACAAUUGAAUUCCUGCACUAUGUCAUUGCCUCGAAAUCUUUGCGCAAAGUUUUCAUCUCCAUUAAGGGCUAUUAUUUCCAAGCUGAAAUUAAGGGUCAAAAAGUCACAUGGAUUGUACCCCACUACUAUCCCUUCAAGCCACACUCCAAGGCUGAAGUUGAUUUCAAAGUGAUGUCCAUCUUUGUUGAGUUCUACACCAUUAUGUUGGGUUUUGUCAACUUCCGUUUGUAUCACAGCCUUAACAUGGUAUAUCCUCCACAAUUCCCAGCAUCCGUAUUGAAUGACAGCGAUGAAACUUUGAAGGAUGAACAUAGCUUUGUAUCGGAUCGUAUUGCUGCCUUGAAUUUUGAAUUAAUGCGUACCGAUACCGUGGUGGAAGAAGAGGAAGAUCUACAAAUGGAUAUGGAGUUGUUGGAACAAGAUGGUGAUUCCAAAAAGGUAUUGAAGAUGAAACAAGAAGCCCAAGAGCUGGCCAGAUUGCGUACCCUAUUCAAGGGUCUUAAAUUUUUUAUAAAUCGUGAGGUGCCACGUGAGCCGCUGGUCAUUAUUCUGCGUUCGUUUGGCGCUAAAGUUUCUUGGGAUUCGACAAUUUUCCCCGGUGCCACUUUCGAUGAAACCGAUGAAACUAUUACCCAUCAAAUUGUUGAUCGUCCCAGCCUUAGCAAACAAUAUAUCUCACGCGAUUACAUACAACCACAAUGGGUGUUUGAUUGUGUCAACAGGAGACAGUUGUUGCCAACAAAUAAAUAUUUUAUGGGUGUGGUGUUGCCACCACAUUUGUCUCCCUUCGUUGAUCCCAAGCGUGAUGAUUAUGUACCACCAGAGGAGAAGGCAUUGUUGGAUCCAUCGCUCAUUGAGACACAUGAACAAAGUGAUGAGGAGGUAUCCGAUUCGGAUGAAGAGAAAGAAGGUGGUGAAGAGGCACAAAACAUUUUGGAUGCUCAAUUGCAAUUGGCCUAUCAGGAAGAGAAAAUCGAGGCCGAUCAAUUUAUGGGCGAUGAUGUCAAUGAAGAUGAAGUAGAGGAUGAAGAUGAGGAGGAGGGUUCGGAAGAAGAGUUGGAUGAAAAAGAAAAGGCCAGACUUGAAGAGAAAAAGAAAAUGGCCGUACAAUCCGGCAAAGUACACAAGGAAAACAAACGCCAACUGCGUAAAAACGAAGUCGACGAACAUCGUUUGCAGGCUCGUAUGGUCAAACCACGUCAUCGCAAUCUUUUCCGCAAACUGAUACGUGAAAAGCAAGCUAAGGAAAAGGAGGAAUGGUUGUUGAAAAAGAAACGCCGUGUCAUUGAGGCCCAGGAUAAGGCUGAAAAGAAGGCGGCCAAAAAGGCAGCUAAAAAAGCUGUUGCCGCCUCAAUAGCCAUGUCGAGUUAG